AUGGUUUCAAACAAGUUGAUUCUGGCUGCUUUCACAGCCUUGGCUUCCGUGGCCAAUGCAAGCCCCUGUAAGCCGUCGCUUACCAAGGCCAUCACUACCUCUGCCACCGAAACUGUUGGAUCUUCCACUUAUGUCGAGACCAGCACUGCAGUUACUGAGAGCGAGACCGUAACUCAGAGUGAGACAACGACCACGGAGGCUCUCAGCACCGAAGCGUCGACGACUGUUGCCGAGAGUGCUCCCACAACCACAGCAGUUGACGAGCCUCUCCUCACCAACGCUGACUUUGACGGUGGUACGACUGCCCCGUGGCAGUUGCAGACGGAACGCGGGGAUGCCUUGACUCUUGGCAGCGGCUACCAGAGCCCAGCCUCUGGUAAAGUCCAGUUUGGCAACGUCCAAGGCAGCCAGUACGCUAACCUUAUUGUCCAAAAGAUCAAUAAGCAAGCACUCAAGGCGGGACCAUAUGAACUCCAAGGCUAUACCCGCGUUGAUACGUAUAGCCAGAACGGCGACGGCUGCAGUCGCAUCAUCGCUGCUUGCUUCACCGGAUCUGGAGAUAACUCGGUCAUCGUGCCAGGUUCGCUGAUGCGGGCAACUGCUGAGAAUUCCGCCAGUGACUGGUCCCAGAUAGAAACGACGUGUACCUUCACCGAUGAGAUGCUGGCUGGAGAUGACGACAUCAGCGUUGUGUUUGGGUUCGCAUGUGCUAAUUCCGGUGCCUACCUUGACUCUGUUGAGCUCACGCCUGCUGCUGUAAUCCCAAACACCGACACUACCACUGUUGCGACCAGCAGUGAGACCAGUAUGGGAAUUACUACCACUCAAGCGACUACCGAGGCUACCUCCACCGAGAGCUCAGCGAUCGCCACCGAGACUGCUACCACGAUCACCGUAGCCGAUGCAGACCCAACACCUGUUAUCAUCAACAGCAGCUUCGAUCUCGAUACUACUGAGCCCUGGCUAUCAACUCGCUCUGAGACCAUUGACCGCGACACCAACAAUCCCUUCGAAGGCCCCGCUUCUGGACGACUAGAAUAUGAAAUCGAUGGCGGACAGGCCUACUGGAACUAUUUCUACCAAAAGGUCGACACAAAUGAUCUCAAAGCAGCCUCUUACCGCCUCUCUGGCUCCAUACGCGUCGACUACUACACCAAUAGCGUAAGUGGCGACGGAUGCAAUACCCUCGCGCUUGAAUGUACCCUUGGAGACCCAAACAACUACGAUCGUGUUCCGGGCUCAAAUGUAAUGGGCAGUCCUAGCGGCGCUGUGAACAAUUGGGUUUCAGUGGAUACAACUUGCACGUUUACGGAGGAGAUGCUGUCUCAGUAUGACUAUGUUAGCAUUACUUUUGGAUUUAACUGUGCCAAUGUCGGCGCCAACCUCGACGCUGUGACAUUCGAGGAAGUUAAUUAG